UUGUAUAGUUCUUUUUGGAGCGUCAUCCGAGGAAUCCUUUCAGAGGACGGACCAAGAGGCUUCUACAAGGGCUACAGGUGCACCCUCGCCAGAGAGCUACCCGGCAUAUUUUUCUACAUUGGCGGAAAUGAGACGGCACGAUUUCUGAUGACACCAGCUCACAAAUCAACCGAUGAGCUGAGUCCUGUAUGCACCGCUAUUGCUGGUGGUUUCGGCGGUGUCUGUCUCUGGACCGUUAUCUUUCCACUGGACGUGGUAAAGUCUCGAAUUCAGGUUGGACGGACGUCUGUCGCUUGUCUUAUGACCUCUGAGGCUACAACGGUGGCAUUUGAAACACCACCACCACGGAUUAUCCCGACAUUGUGGAAUAUAUUGAGAACAGAGGGUAAGGAAGCCUUUUCGGGCUUAUUUUAG